AUGAUAAGGUGUUUGACAGGGUGGAGGGAAGCAGCACAGUGGAGGAAAAUCCAUCCCCAUGACUACUGGUCCUUCCUCCUCCCUGCUCACUGCUGUUCGUCUCUUCUUGGAUUCCAGAGCUUGUUUUAUUCCUCAGCUGCCUUGCUACAGCCUGGCAGAUUCAAUACUGUUGGAAAUUGGGGAUCUGUGGUUUCUUUCAGACAGAGAAGAAAGGAGAGUUUAGGUAUCGCUUUAGGAGAGAUGACUUUGCUCUCAAUUCUUUUAUACAGAAAGAAGAUGUGUUUGCUGGCUCUGAGAGAAAAGGAAAAUUGUUAAAGGCAGUGUGGAUAUUACUUGAAUUUUUCAUCAGGCUCUCAUCACCACUACUAGGGGUGAAGAAGAAUCUCCUUCCAGCUAGUUUUCCAGUAAUUUCACAAGGGAAUAAAGGUUGGAAGAUGCUUCAAGAUGGAUAAAGCUGUUCAGCACCCCAGUGAGAUCCUGGCUAAUCAAACUAUCUCUAACAUUAGCCUUUCUCAGUUCUUGGACUUUGAUACAUGCCAACUUUCCUUCCUUGCAGAAUUCUUGCUUAUUACAGCUUACACAUUGGUUACAUUAGUGGGGCUUGUUGGAAAUCUUUGCUUAAUUGUUAUAAUAAAGAGACGGAAAGAAGCUCAAAAUGUUACCAACAUUUUGAUCGCCAACCUCUCUUUAUCAGAUGUCUUAAUCUGUAUCAUGUGCAUUCCUGUCACAGUUGCAUAUACCUUAAUGGACCACUGGAUAUUUGGGGAAGCAAUGUGUAAAAUAGGCUCUUUCAUACAAAGUCUAUCUGUCACAGUCUCCAUUUUCUCACUUGUACUCAUUGCUAUUGAGAGAUAUCAGUUAAUUGUGAACCCAUGUGGCUGGAAGCCUAAUAUUUCACAUGCUUAUUGGGGAAUUCUUUUCAUCUGGGGACUUUCCCUCAUCAUAUCCACUCCAUUUUUAGUGUUCCACCAAAUAACAGAUGAACCCUUCAAACAUCUGUCUUUCCAUAGUGAUUUCUACAAGAACAAGGUUGCUUGCAUCGAAGCAUGGCCAUCUCAUACAGAGAGACUGAUUUUCACCACUAGCCUGCUGGUUUUCCAGUACUGCUUCCCACUGGGGUUUAUUUUUAUCUGCUAUCUCAGGAUAUUUGUGUGUCUUCGAAGGAGACGUGGUAAAAUAGACAGGAUGAGAGAGAAUGAGAACAGGCUGAGUGAAAACAAAAGGAUUAAUAUGAUGCUGGUAUCAAUUGUUGUGACCUUUGCAGCUUGCUGGUUGCCUCUCAAUACAUUCAAUGUGGUUUUUGACUGGAACUAUGAGGCACUUAUGAGCUGUAAUCAUAACCUGGCAUUUACAAUCUGCCACCUUGUGGCCAUGAUCUCAACAUGUAUCAAUCCCAUCUUUUAUGGGUUUCUGAACAGGAACUUUCAGAAGGAUUUAGUAGUGUUAGUUCACCACUGCAGAUGCUCAGCAUCACAAGAGGAAUAUGAAAAUAUUGCCCUUUCAAACCUGCAAACAGAUGCAUCUAAGGGAUCUCUGAAGUUAAAUAAUCCCCAUGUGGAUAUAUAAAAUAAUCUAACUGCAGUUUCCAAAAUUCUGUAUUUUGUUGCAGAUGGCCUCUUUCUGCAGGUCUUGGUCAUGUUACCACCAAGUUUAGAGGAAGUCUUUGCCAUUUAGUUCAGCACAACCGGGAUUAUCCUCCUGUAGGCAUACUCUUAACAGCUACUUUAUGAUAGUAUUAAUGCUGAUAAACCACUUCCAAGAGUCCUAAAGAUCAAUAAUAAUAAAUCAUAAACAGUAUUAACAUCUUACUUUUUAAUCCACAGUUUCCAAGUUACUGGCAUGCUACCUUAACUCCAAUUAAAAUGUUUCCAUUUCAGCCACUGAUGGGGAUGUCCUUCCUAAACACCUGGCUUCCCCCAAGCAAACCCUGAAUGCUGUGGUAUUCCUAACUUCAGCGGCCUUUCACACACUGUUUUCUGGCAUUUUUGUUUUCCAACACUACAUCAGUACCCUGGUUAAUCUGCAGUUGACAGGCAGUUCACACUGUAAGGAAAGCCCUUGAAGUUAUCCUAAGACUCCACCACCAUCCUUUCAGCCCCCUCAUGCAGUUUGCUUUGGUUUAGUACCAGUUCAGCCCAGAAAUUGUAUUUUAACAAGGGAAAAGGCUAGAGCUGGAAUUUUUUUUUUAAUGAACUCUAAAACAGGACCCGUUGAUGUACUGCAAGUUCCACUCAGAAUGAUGUUGUUCAAGAUUAAAUACAUAUUUAACAUUUCUCCUAAAAGCAUUACAUUCUCCAAACCACCAGUAAAGAUCAUUGCUUUCUCUCUUACCAUCAUCACCGGUCCUUACAACAGACCUUUUAGAAUCUCCAUUAUCAAAAAAACACACUACGAAUUCAGAGUAAAUUUUGGUCUAGCUACUUAGUUAGAUUUCCCUUUGAGUAGAAAAUUAGGUUUGCAUUUUAAUUUCAGCAAUAUUUUUCCCCACAUUUUUGCACUAGCAAAAGGGCAUACUUGAGCAGAUGUGGUCAUUUCUGUCCACAGAAACACAGUUUCUGUGUUUGAAAAUAGUUUCUUUUGUAACACAGUGCAAAGAAGCCUAAAGGUACAAUACUGAAAACAACUUUUCUUAAAACUAAAACAUUUUAAAAACCACUUUCCAGUGUGGCCAUAAAAGAACAGCCAAACUUAUUCUUCAUCCAUGAUAUAGUGGCAACAUAAAAAAUCAGUUAAUAUUGAGCUGUUGAAAGACAGUACUUAGAACACUUUAGUCCAACAACUCACCAUGUUCAAAUUAAAUAUAAGUAAUUACUUGUACUGCUAAAGCCCCUUCUUUUUUUUUUUUUCUGAGUUUCAAAAACCUCUGUUUUAACACCUGUACAUAAGAUUUCUUGUAAAGUAUUUCUUAGCAAUUUAUCGAUGCCCCACUUAAGCAAAAAGAAUUAACAUUCAAAUUACAAUGAGCUCCUUUUCAACUCACCUUAAGGCUGUAAAGUUCUCUUGGAGAGGGACCAUCACUUUCCAUUGCCAUCCAGUUCCUAAAGGAUUCGGUCAGGUCACAGAUCUCUUGUUACAGCUUUUGUUCAGACUGUCUGCACCACUCUGCUCAUCAGAGAAGCUCUGUCAGAAGAGCCUCACCAGCUCAUGCAGGUACUCAGGUUUGUUAAGUGCCCCCUGAUUCACACUGAGAUAAAAGGCUUCGGUGAAAUCUCUUAGUGCAGCCCCAUCACAAGAGCAAGUAUGGCAGAAUUAGUGACAUGCUAAUCCAGUAUCUGAGUGAUAGGUAUGGAUUAGCUUUAGUGUAAUUUAGGGGUUUUAUCUAAUUAAAUCAAAUAGUAUGCAUUUGGAAUCGAUUACACAAACCUUAACUUAAACACCUGCCUUGUGCAUCAUGCGAAAGAAACCAGGAGACAGAAAUACCUAAUAACAGCCAAUGAUCAGACUGUUGAGAGUAUCUAGUUCUAACUAUUUCAAUGAACUCCAACCCGGGUCGCUGGGCUGCCUUCAUUGCUGAUGCACAUCAUCUGUUUGAUCUGCACAAUAAGCAUUUAAUCAAGUUAAAAGCAGCAACUUGCAGUCAAUGACUCUGGGGCCGUGCAUGGUCAGAGGGGCUGUUUGUGCUUUGGUGAAGGGGAGGGGAUGGAGCCGCUUCUCUCUGAGAACUGAGACUCGUGGGUAACAAAAUGAUUCACUGUCUUCAUUGCACCUGGCUUAACUGAGAGCAGAUCUGAUCCAGGAACUUUGCUUUUCUUGGGGAUCCCAGGACCUGUACAGAAAGCCAUCUACUUCUGUCAGAAGUCAUUUGCUGGUGUCACACCUGCUAGAGCCUGGACUAUCAGCUGGAUUUGGAACACAAAUCUCUAUCAUUCUCUUCCUCAUAUUUGUUUACAGCUUCAGGGCCCAUGUUAAAAGCAUUUUACAAGCACAUGACAUUCACAGUUUACUCUAACUUAUCAAUACUAGCAAAACAGUUCAGAUUACUCUUGUUGGCAAAUGUCUCAGACAGUAUUUAGUGUUCGAAUCAGGCCCAGCUGAGAUUCCCAUGUGUGAACUUGGCCUAAGUGUCUCCCAUCCCAUCCCAUCCCAUCCCAUCCCAUCCCAUCCCAUCCCAUCCCAUCCCAUCCCAUCCACAAGCCUGAGCAUGUUUACUUUUACAGCAGAGGUGGUUUUAGUAUCAUGUCCCAAGUGGUUUAAAUACAGGCAUGAAAUGCAUUCUGGUUCAAAUUAUGUGAUGCUGAUGGAUGGUCUCUCUACUCUCUCCUGAGAAGUGCUUGGGCAGUAUGCAUUAGACAGGCAAAAAAAAAAGAUUGCCAUCACUUUUUGUAAUACCAAUUGUCUACUCCUGACAUCCUGAUCAGAGUUAAGUAUUCAAUUUUUCCUUCCAGUCCGAAUCUUGGUAUAAGAGGGUUCUUCAUUAGCAGGUGGGAGCUCUCUCAGCAAUGACACCGCUUCAGAAUCAAAAGUGAACAAUACUUGUGCCUUGAUUUCUCCAUUUCAUUUCUUUCUCACACUAUCAUUUGACUCAAGUGCUGAUGGAUGCUCCAUUUCUGUUCUGAACAUUCAGUCAUCAAGUAUUUCUCCUUAAUGUUGCACUUGUAACAAUCACUGUUAAUGGAACAGAGGAUCCUCACUGUCUCGAAGACAUUGCCCUCAGCGCUGCAUGUUCUCUCACUACAUCCACUGGCUUCCUGUGCCUCCUGGUACUGAACUUCCCAGCAAGUCAGUGGGAGUCAAUUGACUGUGACAGGAAUAGGAUCAAAGAGCCGUUGCUUGUUUUUAUAGCAUAAGUAUUAUGGACUCCAACGUGGUGUGUGGCAGUGGUAAAUGUAACUGCAAUAUGUAAUACUUAAAGAUUGCUCAAGGUAAACUGGCAAAUGUUGCCCUGUCUUGGGUAAUGCUGAUGACUUUAUUUUCCCUUGUUUUAUUGGUAUGGCAAGUAGAGAAAAUACUAACAGCCUUUCUCAGCAGAAAGUUGUUACCUGAUGCAACCAGCUGGAGGACUGUGAGCUUCCUCGGUGGGAGCAGCACCAUGGAAUUAACUACGGAAAGCUAGAGGGGGAGCCUGAACUCCCACAUGCUAUUCCAGUGUACAAACUCUUAGUUUUUAAAAAAUAAAAAACUGCGUCAGAGCUUUGUUUGAGUGGUUUGGUCAUGCAGACCAGACCAAUAUAUUUAUAAACAUCCUUGUAAAUGAACUGUGUCCUUACAUGUCUGUAUUCUAUGGUUGAUUCAUCUCACUUUAAGCACAUAUAACUAGGGUUGGGUACUUGGGAACUGGCAUCCACUGUGGAAAUUAUUCCAUUGAACAAAGAGCUCAAUUGAUUAUUGACUGUAAUCUUGUCUGGGGACAAAGGCGGUGCCAGUGCUGUGUGUGAUUUAAAGACUGAUUUCUCCCAUUGGCUGACAAAUAAAUAUUACCGUGUGUAAAACCA